AUGAAUGACAUUCACUCUGUGGCAUUGUCCGCAUUCACGGAAAGUAAAUCGUGCAAAAGUCGCUCGUCUCCGUGGCAAAUUUUUGCGAUGUUGGGGUCCGAAUCAUCUGCAGAUUUGUUAACUUCUUCCUCUCUGUCUUCUCCGUCAUCUAAUAUGCUCAGUACUCUUUCUGUAUCGUCUUAUAACGCAGACUCGAUCGAAAAUGCGCUCGAUACCCAAGUCGACCUCGUGCUUGAAAUGACAGCAACCUUUGAUGCUGAUGGGUUUCAAUUGCCAUCUAAAGUAACAAGAAAGGAAGUGAAACGGGCUCUUGAAUCGAGUGAUGGGGACGUUUCACGUGCAAUAGACGAGGUGCUGAAUCUUAUUACUAUCAAGGCGUUGAGUCAACAAGACCAGCAGACACAUCAAAAGUAUCAGCAAAGCCUACACGAUCAUGCAAAGCUGCAACUUGGCGAGCUUUGUGCUGGAUUAGGUCUAAACGAGAACAGCUCUUUUGUUGUAGCCCUCCAGCAGCUUUCAGAAAGAGAGCGUGACGACCUGUUGGAUACUAACGGACCUUUUGUUCAGCAGUUGCUACUCAGUCUAGAAGAAGAUAAUGAAGCAAACGGUGAAGUAGAAGAUGUGCAUCCACUCCAGUUUCUAUUAGAACUGUACCCAGACUAUAAGGCCGAUGUGGUAGAGGACGUGUUGGACAGUCACAACUAUGAUGUGGACAAGGCAGCGGAAGCGCUGCACAACUUGCGAGCGCUAAAUCAUGUACAGAGUUUUGCAGCAGUGACAAGCGCAAAUGCACGUUUCUUAGCACAGCAGAGGGAUUUAUCUGAACAUGGACUUAAACUGGAUUCACUAGGACAAUUUCCCGAGCUUGGAGCCAGCACAACAUACCAAAAGACUUUCGAGAGCAAACCACAAAAAUGUCAGCAAGUGCCACACCAUCGACCACCACCUGAGCCUUCAUAUCCGCCCAUGAAGCUUUCGAUGCUGCCAAUAAAUCGCCAGACGGUGGGAGACAAGACGAACGAGGGGUACAAUGUCUGGGAUUAUCAGCAUACAGUACAUAAUCGCAGGGAGUCUAGGAUUACAACGCAGCUAAAGCUAGAGCGGCUCAAGAAGCUGCUUCCAAGAGUUGACAGCAACAUCAUUCAGACCGUACGUAUUGAUUUUGUUGUAUAUCAAACGUUUGUUGGAAUAAGCUGCUCUCUUUUACGUGGACAGACAUUUUACCUCAACGGUGGUAGCUUGAAUGCUACAGAGGCAGCUUUGCGUGAGGUAUAUGAUUUGCCGCUGGUCGAAAAACAGCUACAACCUCUCAAUGCAGUAGAACACGCCAAUGUAGCAGCUGAUGCAGAAAAAGAUCUUGCUGCUGUUAAGAACCAUCGCAAGUUUCGGCAAAAUGAGUGUACUGAAGAAUGGACCCUUGUAUCUAGCAAGAACAAAGUCAUCGCUGCAAGAGAUGCUCUUAGUAAUCGCUAUUGCGAUGUGCUUGCAUCCUUCAGACGUGGCCAGAACAUUCUUGCGGUGGAUCGUAUUCGAGAGUUAAGCAAUGCCCGUCGCGAACACCGAGAUGCUCAACGCCAGUGGGCCCACGACUUCUUUUUAGCGCAUGAAGAACAGAUUAAACACCAGCAGCCAAUUGACCUGCAUGGCAUGCAUGUCAUGGAGGCUUUAUGGGUAGCACGUGAAGCGAUCGAGUAUUGUCAAGAGCAUCGCAUUCGUCGGUGUCUAUUGAUCUGUGGUGUAGGUCACCAUUCAAGAAAUGGCAAACCGCGUAUUUUGACCGCGCUCCAGCUGUCACUACAGCGACGCCACAUCGCAUUUCGCGAGCUCAGUGGCGUGAUAACAGCGUUUCCGUUGCGGUCCACGGAUCAGGCUUGA